UGUAUGAAUUUUGUUAAGAUCCUGCAUCUCUACAAUCGCACACACCUAUACGCCUGUGGCACUGGGGCUUUUCACCCCAUCUGUGGCUUUGUAGAAGUGGGGCAACGUGUGGAGGACUCUGUCUUUAAGCUGGAUUUCAAGAGCCUGGAGGAUGGCAAAGGCAAAAGUCCCUAUGACCCAAAUCACACCGCGGCUUCAGUUCUUGCAGGUGAAGAGCUUUAUUCUGGUGUGGCUACUGAUCUGAUGGGCCGAGACUUCACCAUCUUCCGCAGCCUGGGAUCGAGGCCUUCCGUCCGCACCGAGCAGCAUGAUUCUCGGUGGCUCAACGAACCCAAGUUCGUUGAUGUCUUCUGGAUCCCAGAGAGUGAAAACCCUGAUGAUGAUAAGAUCUUCUUUUUCUUCCGGGAAACAGCAGUGGAAGGAUCCCAAGGCCUGGGCAAACAGAGUUUUGCACGCAUUGGGCAAAUUUGCCGGAAUGAUAUGGGUGGGCAGAGAAGCCUGGUGAACAAAUGGACCACAUUCCUGAAGGCUCGGCUGGUGUGUGCAGUACCCUGCAUCGAUGGGAGUGACACCCAUUUUGACCAUCUUCGUGAUGUCUUCUUGUUGCCAACCAGGGAUAAGCGUAACCCAUUGUUGUAUGCAGUUUUCACCACUUCCAGCACAGUUUUCAAAGGUUCUGCUGUCUGCGUGUAUCACAUGAAUGACAUCCGCAGAGCUUUCCUUGGUCCUUUUGCUCACAAGGAGGGGUCUAACUAUCAAUGGGUUUCCUAUCAAGGCCGUGUCCCUUAUCCCCGCCCAGGAACGUGUCCCAGCAAAACCUUUGGCACCUUUAGUUCCACCAAGGAUUACCCUGAUGAUGUGAUCCAAUUUGCUCGUAACCACCCAUUAAUGUAUAAUCCAGUACUGCCCCAUGGCCAAAGGCCUGUCUUCCUGCAAACCAAUACGGACCACAUCUUCACUCGCAUUGCAGUAGACCGAGUGGCAGCUGCCGAUGGACAUUACGAUGUCCUCUUCAUUGGCACAGACAUUGGCACAGUCUUGAAGGUUGUCACUGUGCCAAAGGACUCAUGGCAAAAUAGGGAAGAAUUGCUGCUGGAGGAACUUCAGGUAUUCAAGGAUUCCUCUCCUAUUACCAGCAUGCAGAUCUCAUCCAAGCGGCAACAACUGUACCUGGGAUCAAGGACUUCCAUUUCACAACUGCCCUUGCACCGUUGUGAGAUGUAUGGCAAAGCUUGCGCAGAAUGUUGCCUAGCGAGGGACCCCUAUUGUGCCUGGGAUGGCACCACCUGCACUCGAUACCUGCAGAAUACCAAACGGCGAUUCCGACGGCAGGAUGUGAGGAAUGGAGAUCCCAGUAUCUUGUGUUCUAGAUAUCCGCAGAAAACCAGUGUACCGGAAAGGAAAAUCUAUGGAGUGGAAGGCAGCAGCACUUUCCUAGAGUGUCUGCCAAAAUCAUUGCAGGCCAAGAUUGUGUGGACUUAUCAAAAGACUAGAAGUGACCCCCAGAAGGAGGUAUUGCUGGAUAGUCGGGUCAUCAGGAUGGAGCGGGGAAUCCUGUUGCGCAGCGUGCAACGCAAAGAUGCCGGCUUCUAUUAUUGCCACGCAACGGAGCACGGCUUUACCCAGGGCCUGCUGCACCUCCAGCUUGAAGUGAUCCAUGCCCAGCAGGCUGACUCUCUCUCCCUCUCUCGGGAAGAAGAAUCCACGCAACCUUUCCAUCGCAAACUUUGGUAUCAGGACUUCUUACAAUUGGUGGACCACCCCAAUCUCAGCACCAUGGACCAGGUGUGCGAGCAACUGUGGAGCCACAAGAGCCACCAGCCCAAGAAAAAGCCCCCUCCAUUGCCCCCUUUAUUUAACAUCAAAUCUAAAAGUCAGAAAUGGAAACACCUGGAGGAAAAACGGAAAGCCCGCAGCCGAAGAACGCAUGAAGUGCCCCGGGCAGAAAGGGCUCCUCGGAGCACAGAUAUCUGGUGACUUUGCAUAAGACCCACUUAUACAAACCUCUGUGCUGGGAAGGGCCAGGGAAGCAGGGUGGGAGUAUGGGAGUAGGGAUGGCAGAAGAGAAAGAGGAGGAUCUUUUACGGCUUCUGUGGUUGGGUGGAAAGGACAUCCUGGCAGACCAGCCCCAUACUCCUGAUUGCUGCUUCUCCUGUAGUUUGUAGGGGGACUGGUAAUGUUGGUGUGAUUUUUUCCCCACUAGCCUGAGACCCUUUCUAGUAGCAGAGCUGCUACUCUUCAAACUCUUGACAGAGAGCAACAGAACCUGGGGGAAAUGGGGGAAGCUCUGCACUCUUGGCCUGUCCAUAAUACACAACCAAAGACGAAGGUAGCAGCCUCCAGGGGACCAAGUGCACUAGAGGCCACAUCCUGAACAUCCUUGACCAGUGAGAAAAAAAAAAAACAGGCAGAGUUCACCGGGAAACAAAGUUAUUUUCUGCAAGGAUCCAAUGGCUACCAAACUGUUACCUAGGGAUCUCUAAGUGUCCUUUAUUUCUGGAGCUUUUCCACUGAUAUUCUGUCGGCUCCUGACAAGGAGAGCACUUGGAUGCCUCUCACAAUGUAUCCUGUCUAAACCCUGGAGGGAGACGUUGGCCCUCUUUCCUCUCCCUUCCUUAUCCAAGCAUAACUGUGCUUAAGUAGCCACGGUGUGUGCUCUGUCUCCAGAAAAACAAAGCGACCCCUGAUGUAUUUAUUAACAGACUGUUGACUGAUGAAUGUAGUCCAUCCCUCCUGGGUGGCCAACAAGAUUUAUCCUCCGAUGGAACAAACAGGGCUGUUCUUGCCCAGAGUUCAUUUCUGACUUAGAUUUUCUGGGCAUAAACUUGUACGAGAAGAAGUUUCAAGUUGUUGUGGUGAUAGUGAUGGUGAUGCAAAAGCAGAGGAACCAAACAGCAGAAAUUGCCCUCCCCCCACCUGUAUUUAGUCAAGGCCCCAGAGGAUUUUUCACUUGCCUGAGAUGAGACCCUUUCUAGAGAAAGAGCAGUCCAAAGGAGAUCCUUGCUGUGAGCCAACGUUAUGGGGAUACUCUCUUGUUCUGGAAAGCAUGCAGAUAUUGGAUCUUUGAUUAGUAAUCGAUCAUGAUUACUCAUUUGGUAUGUGAAGAAAACCAGCUGCCCUGCUUUGAAUUGUACAUUAUGUCUCCCACUCUUCCUGCUAAACAGAUUAUCUUCCACCAACAUUUGAUUCCUAUGUCAAUCCGGUUGGGGAUGGGAGUUGCUAGCCCCCAAAAGCUCAACUGUAAUUCUGGAAGAAAAAAAAGGGUCUGAUGCCACUUGGCUCAUUUUCAAGCAAUUUGUGUGGCACUCAGAAUGUUCAUACCAUUCUCAGCCUAUCAGUAAACAUGGAAUUAUCUGCCUUUCCAAAAAAAAAUGCCCUGAUCAUUCUUUUGUUUGUUAUUCUGUAGAAAAGCGAACUUAAAGGUGCAGGUGCUGAUGUGAAAGUAAUAUAGCAAGCUGGAUUGGGCUGAGAUGUGAGGACCAAGUCUGGAAUACUCCCAAGUGCACUGGAAUUGGGUGGGCAAUAAAUUUUGCUGGUGGGUGGGGGGGGAGGAAAGAGAGAGAGAAAGAGAGAGGGAGGCAUAAGCAGUUUAUCUGGUGUGCAGUUUCAAAGCAGUUUCAAAGGUUGUGACUAUCCCUACCUAAUCUAAAUGAGACUGGAAUGAACAAUCCCAAGGAAGGUGUGGGGAGUGAGAGUGACAUGAUGUUUGACUGGGCAGCAGUUUAGACAUACUAGUCAUUAGGCAUUAAAACUGCCUUGUAGACGUGUGACAAUGCAACGCAAAUUUUUAAAUCCAGUUUCUCAGUUUUACAUUCUUGGGUAAAGCUGCCCCUAAAUUGUCCCAUAAGUGAGAAAAAUUUGAGAUGAUCAGGCCAUCUGAAGCUUUGAUGAGUCCAGAAACAGUAGAAGGGCUUUUUAUAAUUAUUUAUUUCACCUUUUCUUCCUUUCGAGAGACUUCUGCUGCUAUGUCUCAAAGCAUUUCCACUCACCUA